AUGUCCGGCGGCGCCGCCGACCAGAAGCAGCCCGGACGCUCCCCGUUCCUCACGCCGCCGCCGCCCGGCCCCAAGAACGGCUCCGGCCCCGGCCCCGGCUCCGGCGCCUGCUCCGACUCGUCCGUGGCCGCCAAGCUGGCUCCGGGCGCCGGGGCCGGGGCGACGACGGGGGCGGCGGCGGGGGCGCUGCCCGGCGGCCCGCGCAGCGACGAGUUCCGGCGCCGCCGCCACACCAUGGACAAGGACAGCCGCGGGGCCGCCGCCGCCGCCGCCGCCGCCACCACGGAGCACCGCUUCUUCCGCCGCAGCGUCAUCUGCGACUCCAACGCCACGGCGCUCGAGCUGCCCGGCCUCGCCCAGCCGCCGCCCCCGGCGCCGCGACCCCGCUCGGAGACGACCCCCGCCGCCGCCCCGACGCCCGCCACCCCCGCGCCCGCCACCGCGAUCGCCGCCCCCGCGCCCGCCCCGGCCCCGGCGCCGACGCCGGCCCCGGCCCCGGCCCCGACCCCGGCCGCCCCGGAGCGCCCGGCCGACCCCCACGACCACGCCGCGCCCGCCAGAGGCGGCAGCGGCGGCCCCCGCGAGGCCCCCGAGGAGCGCGGCGCGGCGCAGGACGACAUCGAGGAGCUGGAGACCAAGGCCGUGGGCAUGUCCAACGACGGCCGCUUCCUCAAGUUCGACAUCGAGAUCGGCCGCGGCUCCUUCAAGACCGUCUACAAGGGGCUCGACACGGAGACCACGGUCGAGGUCGCCUGGUGCGAGCUGCAGGAUCGAAAGUUAACCAAGUCUGAGAGGCAGAGAUUCAAAGAGGAGGCUGAAAUGUUAAAGGGUCUUCAGCAUCCCAAUAUUGUUCGAUUCUAUGACUCUUGGGAAUCCACACUAAAAGGCAAGAAGUGUAUUGUUUUGGUGACCGAACUCAUGACAUCUGGAACACUUAAAACAUACCUGAAAAGGUUUAAAGUGAUGAAGAUCAAAGUUCUAAGAAGCUGGUGCCGUCAAAUCCUGAAAGGACUCCAGUUUCUUCAUACUCGAACUCCACCUAUUAUUCACCGAGAUCUUAAAUGUGACAACAUCUUUAUCACUGGCCCUACAGGCUCCGUCAAGAUUGGAGACUUAGGUCUGGCAACCCUGAAGCGAGCUUCUUUUGCCAAGAGUGUGAUAGGUACCCCAGAGUUCAUGGCUCCUGAGAUGUAUGAGGAGAAAUAUGAUGAAUCCGUUGACGUUUAUGCUUUUGGAAUGUGCAUGCUUGAGAUGGCCACAUCUGAAUACCCUUACUCAGAGUGCCAAAAUGCUGCGCAGAUCUACCGUCGAGUGACCAGUGGAGUGAAACCAGCCAGUUUUGACAAAGUAGCAAUUCCUGAAGUGAAGGAAAUUAUUGAAGGAUGCAUCCGACAAAACAAAGACGAAAGAUAUUCUAUCAAAGACCUUUUGAACCAUGCCUUCUUCCAGGAGGAAACAGGGGUACGGGUAGAACUAGCAGAAGAAGAUGAUGGAGAAAAAAUAGCCAUUAAGUUAUGGCUGCGUAUUGAAGACAUUAAGAAAUUGAAGGGAAAGUAUAAAGACAAUGAAGCGAUUGAGUUUUCCUUUGACUUGGAGAGAGAUGUACCAGAAGAUGUUGCGCAGGAAAUGGUAGAAUCUGGCUAUGUUUGUGAGGGUGAUCAUAAGACCAUGGCAAAAGCCAUCAAAGAUAGAGUGUCAUUAAUUAAGAGGAAACGAGAACAGCGCCAGCUGGUGCGGGAGGAGCAAGAGAAAAGAAAGCAAGAAGAAAGCAGUGUCAAACAGCAAGUUGAACAAGGAAGUACUUCUCAAGCAGGAAUCAAGCAGCUCCCUUCUGCUGCCACUGGGAUACCUACUGCCUCCACCACUUCUGCUUCAGUUUCUACACAAGUAGAACCCGAAGAACCUGAAGCAGAUCAGCACCAACAGCUGCAGUACCAACAACCUAGUAUAUCUGUAUUAUCUGAUGGGACAAUUGAUAGUGGUCAGGGAUCGUCUGUUUUUACAGAAUCUCGAGUGAGCAGCCAACAGACAAUUUCAUAUGGUUCCCAACAUGAACAGGCACAUUCUACUGGCACAGUCCCAGGACAUACAACUUCUACUGUCCAAGCACAAUCUCAGCCCCAUGGGGUAUAUCCAUCUUCAAGUAUGCUUCGUCGUGGCCGUAGCAUGUCGGUUUGUGUUCCCAUCUUUCUGCUGUUCCCUCUCUGUCCCGCAUCUCUCCCAGUGCUCUUCCACCCCACCACCAGUGCUGUCUGCACCUCUUUCUCCUUCCCUCCUUCGGACUGCCCUGAGGAAACUUUUGCCGAAAAGCUUUCUAAAGCAUUGGAGAGUGUCCUGCCUAUGCACUCUGCCUCCCAGCGCAAGUACCGACGCUCCAGCCUGCCUUCCCUCUUUGUCAGUACUCCUCAGUCCAUGGCGCAUCCGUGUGGGGGGACCCCAACAUUCCCAGAAUCACAGAUAUUUUUCCCAACUAUUCAUGAGCGUCCAGUUUCCUUUUCACCACCUCCUACCUGUCCACCGAAGGUGGCUGUUUCCCAGCGGCGUAAGAGCACCUCCUUCCUGGAAGCCCAAACCCGCCACUGCCAGCCCCUGCUGAGGACUGUUGGCCAAAAUCAUCUUCCACCUGGUGGCAGCCCAACUAACUGGACACCAGAGGCAGUAGUUAUGUUGGGGACCACGGUCAGUACAAUCACUGGAGAACCAUGUGAGAGACCGGUUCAUCCUGUGUUUGAACCAGCUCAAGUUUACAGUGACUAUAGACCUGGACUAGUGCUUUCAGAAGAAGCUCACUACUUGAUUCCUCAGGAAACAGUAUAUCUAGCUGGGGUGCAUUACCAGGCCAGAGUGGCAGAACAGUAUGAGGGUGUUCCUUACAACUCACCCGUACUGUCAAGUGCUAUGAAACAGACAGCUGAACAGAAGCCAGUCCAAGGGGGCCCUACCUCAAGUUCUGUCUUUGAAUUUCCAUCUCAACAGGCUUUUCUGGUAGGACACCUUCAGAAUUUAAGAUUAGAUUCUGGAUUGAAUUCAGGAUCCCCCCUGUCUAGUCUUUCUGCACCUCUUGGUACUGAUGCUACACGUUUGAAACUUCACCCUGUCUUUGUUCCUCAUUCUGCACCUGCUGUGUUAACGCAUAACAAUGAGAGCAGAAGCAAUUGUGUUUUUGAGUUCCAUGUUCAUACACCCAGCUCCUCUUCAGGAGAAAGAGGAGGCGUUUUACCUCAGCGUCUUUACAGAAAUCAACAGGUUACAGUGGAUCUGAAUCAGGAAGAACCAUCUCCUCAGUCAGUUGGAUUACAUAGUCGCCUGCAGCCUGUGACUGAAGAGCAGCAUAAUUACCUUGCCCCAGAGUUGACCGUUUCUGUAGUAGAGCCUAUCGGACAGAACUGGCCAAUAGGAAGCCCAGAAUAUUCCAGUGAUUCCUCACAGAUUACUUCUUCAGACCCUAGUGAUUUUCAAUCACCUCCCCCUACAGGGGGAGCAGCUGCAUCUUUUGGCUCUGACGUCUCAUUACCUUUUAUCCGUCUGCCUCAGACAGUGUUACAAGAAUCCCCACUUUUCUUCUGUUUUCCCCAAGGAACCACAUCUCAGCAGGUCUUAUCUGCUUCAUUUUCUUCAGGAGGAUCUACACUCCAUCCACAGGUUAUAGGUCAGGCACAGGGGCAGCCAUCUUCAAGUAGUUUAACAGGGGUUCCAUCUUCCCAGCCCAUUCAGCAUUCUCAGCAGCAACAGGGAAUACAACAGACAGCCCCUCCUCAACAGACAGUGCAGUAUUCGCUUCCACAAACAUCAACCCCCAGUGAGACCUCUGCUACACAGCCUGUGAGUCAACCUCAAAUCCAACAGGUCAUGCCUCAAGUAUCAUCAGGAAAGCAGAGUACUCAGGGAGUGUCUCAGGUUGUGUCUUCAGAGCCAAUUCCAAUAGCACAGCCACAGCCCAGUCAGCCUACCACACUGGCCUCUUCUAUAGACAGUGCACAUUCAGAUGCUGCUUCAGGGAUGAGUGAUGGCAAUGAAAAUGUCCCACCAUCUGGUGGACGGCAUGAAGGGAGAACAACUAAACGGCAUUAUCGAAAAUCUGUAAGAAGUCGCUCUCGACAUGAAAAAACUUCACGCCCCAAAUUAAGAAUUUUGAAUGUUUCAAAUAAAGGAGAUCGAGUAGUAGAAUGUCAGUUAGAGACUCAUAAUCGAAAAAUGGUCACAUUCAAGUUUGAUUUAGAUGGUGACAACCCAGAGGAGAUAGCAACAAUUAUGGUGAACAAUGACUUUAUCCUAGCAAUAGAAAGAGAGUCAUUUGUGGACCAGGUGCGAGAAAUUAUUGAAAAAGCUGAUGAAAUGCUCAGUGAGGAUGUCAGUGUGGAACCAGAGGGUGACCAGAGUUUGGAAAGUCUGCAAGGAAAGGACGAUUAUGCCUUUUCAGGUUCUCAAAAAUUGGAAGGAGAGUUCAAAGAACCAAUGCCUGCAUCUUCCCCACCACAGCAAAUAGGCAUUCCUGCCAGCUCUCUCACUCAAGUUGUUCAUUCUGCUGGAAGACGAUUUAUAGUGAGCCCUGUUCCUGAAAGUCGGCUACGAGAAUCAAAAAUGUUCAGCACUGACGUGUCAGAUGUGGUUGCUGUUUCUACUACAUCUCAGAGUGCUGGAAUGAAUUUGUCACACUCUGCUUCAUCUCUGAGUCUACAACAGGCCUUUUCUGAACUUAAGCAUGCCCAAGUAACUGAAGGACCCAAUACAGCACCUCCCAAUUUUAGUCAUACAGGGCCAACUUUUCCAGUAGUAACUCCUUCUAUGAGCAGCAUUUCUGGAGUCCCAGUCCCACCAGUAGCCAUACCUUCAGUGUCAGUCCCUGCAACAAGCAUCUCUCUUAAUGAUAUCUCUGCAUCAGCCAUUCAGUCUGAGAGUACAGUGCCCACUGAAAAGGGGGUUGUUCAGGUUGCCACUGGCAUAAGUGUAAUAACUUCAAGUGGUCCCCCUAUACCACCUGUGUCUGAAUCCCCAGUGCUUUCCAGUGUGGUUUCAGGCACCACAGUAACAACUGUUGAUUCUGUAGUGACAACCUCUCAGUCAGUUCAGGCUCCCAUAUCGGGGAGCAUUGUUUCCAGUAUAGGGAAUUUCUCUAUACCAGUGUCAACACCUUCAGCCUCUGCAGUGGGCAUUGCUGCUGCCCCAGGCGCUAAGGCUCCACCUGUACUCUCUCAACAGGCAACAGGCACUGCUACUGCGGGAGCCACGUCGACAUCAGUUUCCACCGCCACUUCAUACCCAGGCGUAGUUUCACAGCCGUCCUUUCACCUUAGUAGCAGCACCUCUGCUCCUGCUCUAGCUGAAACGGUGGUGGUUAGUGCACAUUCACUUGAUAAAACAUCGCAUAGCAGUACAACUGGCUUGGCUUUGCCUCUCGCAACGUCAUCUUCCACUUCUUCCCCUGGAAUUGGAGUAUCUAGUUCUGUUGCUCAGCCUAGUGGGUCGCAUCCUUUGCCUGUCCCAUCGGCGAUAUCUUCUACUCCCGUUCUUGCCCAAGCAGCACCUACAUCUACACCUUUAUUACCCCAAGUACCUAGCAUCCCACCCUUGGUACAGCCUGUUGCCAAUGUGCCUGCUGUUCAACAGACACUCAUUCAUAGUCAGCCUCAGCCGGCUUUGCUUCCCAACCAACCGCAUACCCACUGUCCUGAAAUGGAUGCUGAUACACAACCCAAGGCUCCUGGGAUUGAUGACAUAAAGACCCUAGAGGAAAAGCUACGAUCUCUCUUUAGUGAACCCAGUUCAUCUGGCGCUCAACAUGCCUCUGUGUCUCUGGAGACUUCCCUAGUCGUAGAGACCACCGUCCCACCAGGCAUACCAACAACUGCUGUGGCACCAAGCAAACUCAUAACUUCCACUACAAGUACUUGUUUACCACCAGCCAGUUUGCCAGUAGGAACAACUGGUGUGUCGGUUAUACCAGUGGGCACACCAGGUCAAGUUUCUACGCCAGUCGUUUCAGCCACAGUCAGCACUACCGCUGGAGUGAAACCUGGAACCGCACCAUCGAAGUCACCUUUACCUAAGACUCCAGUGCUGCCCAUAGGAACUGAACUUUCAGCUGGUGCUCCACCCAGUGAGCAGCUGCCUUCUUUUCCAGGAACCUCACUAACUCAGUCCCAACAACCUCUGGAAGAUCUUGAUGCUCAAUUGAGAAGAACACUGAGUCCAGAUUCUAUUGCAAUGACAUCUGCAGUUGAUCCUGUGUCUGUGGUGGUUCCUACAGCAGUUGUGGAAGCCGGAGGUCAGCCUCAAAAGGAAGUUUCUCAAGUCUCAGAAGGUUCUGUCCUUGCAACUAGUUCAGGAACUGGUGUUUUUAAGAUGGGGCGAUUUCAGGUUUCAGUAGCAACAGAUGUUGCUCAGAAAGAGGGUAAAAGUAAGCCAGAAGAUACAAAGUCUGUUCACUUUGAAUCCAGCACUUCAGAGUCUUCAGUACUGUCUAGUAGUAGUCCAGAGAGUACCCUGGUAAAACCAGAGCCUAAUGGGAUGACAAUCCACAUUGCUUCAGAUAUGCCAGAUAGUGCCCACAAAACCUCUGCCUCAGAAACAAAAACAGAAACUGGACAGCCUACCAAGGUUGGGCGUUUUCAGGUGACCACUACAGCAAACAAGGUAGGUCGUUUCUCUGUUUCGAAAACUGAAGACAAGAUUGGUGAGGCAAAGAAAGAGGGACCAGUGGCAUCUCUUCCAUCUGUGGAUUUGGAACAAACUGCCGUUCCUGCUGUGAUACCAAAGAAAGAAAAGUCUGAACACUCAGAUCCUUCCCAUCUGAACGGACCAUCUUCUGACCUAGAGACAGCUUUUCUAAGUAGAGAUGUGGAUGAUGGUUCAGGUAGUCCACACUCCCCCACUCAAGUACUCUCGAAGAGCCUUCCUAUCCAGAGCCUAACUCAGAGCCUUAGUAAUUCAUUCAAUUCCUCUUACAUGAGUAGUGACAAUGAAUCAGACAUUGAAGAUGAAGACUUAAAGUUAGAACUGCGACAACUAAGAGAAAAACAUCUUAAAGAGAUUCAAGACCUGCAGAGUCGCCAGAAACUUGAAAUUGAAUCUUUGUAUACCAAACUGGGCAAAGUUCCACCUGCUGUUAUUAUCCCCCCAGCUGCCCCCCUUUCAGGGAGAAGAAGGCGACCAACUAAAAGUAAAGGCAGCAAGUCUAGUCGUAGCAGUUCUUUGGGGAAUAAAAGCCCCCAGCUUUCAGGUAACCUGUCUGGUCAGAGUGCAACUUCGGUCUUACACCCCCAACAGACCCUAAAUGCUCCAGGAAAUAUCCCAGAGUCUGGGCAGAAUCAGCUGUUACAGCCCCUUAAGCCAUCUCCCUCCAGUGACAACCUCUAUUCCGCCUUCACUAGUGAUGGUGCCAUUUCAGUACCAAGCCUUUCUGCUCCAGGUCAAGGGACCAGCAGCACAAACACUGUCGGAGGGACAGUGAACAGCCAAGCUGCCCAAGCUCAGCCCCCUGCAAUGACAUCCAGCAGGAAGGGCACAUUCACAGAUGACCUACACAAGUUGGUGGACAACUGGGCCCGAGAUGCCAUGAAUCUUUCAGGCAGGAGAGGAAGUAAAGGACACAUGAAUUAUGAGGGCCCUGGAAUGGCAAGGAAGUUCUCUGCACCUGGUCAGCUGUGCAUCUCCAUGACCUCAAAUCUGGGUGGCUCUGCCCCCAUUUCUGCAGCAUCAGCUACCUCUCUAGGUCACUUCACCAAGUCUAUGUGCCCCCCACAACAGUACGGUUUUCCACCUCCCCCCUUUGGCCCUCAGUGGAGUGGGACUGGUGGCCCAGCGCCACAGCCACUUGGGCAGUUUCAACCUGUGGGAACUGCCUCCUUACAAAAUUUCAACAUCAGCAAUUUGCAGAAAUCCAUCAGCAACCCCCCAGGCUCCAACCUGCGGACCACUUAGUGAGACCUAGAGACAUUAUCUGAAUAGAUUUGGGGGCAGGAAAUGGAAUGCUUAGGGGUGGGGGGGUGGGGGGUGGGAAAGUAGCCUAUAUACUAACUACUAGUGCUGCAUUUAACUGGUUACUUCUUGCCAGAAAGGAAUGUUUUUAAUACAGCUUAAAGCCCUCAGAAUGGAGACUCUUCCCUCCCUUUGCCAUUUAUU